AUGGAGAACGCAAAUAACACGAGAUCAAUUGUCAACAGUUCUGACAUGUACGUGUACCCAUACUCAACAGCAUGGCUCGCCAUUGUUCCAUUGGUAAUUUCACUCAUCAGUUCGGUGACGGUUAUCGGGAACCUGAUGGUGAUUGUGGCGUUCAUUCGAGACCACUGCAUACGCUUCAAAGUGGCUAACCUUUUUAUUCUGAACCUUGCCAUCACGGACUUCAUCGUCGGUGCGUUCAUGUGGCCCGUCAACAUUUCCUGGCUGAUCAAAGAUGAGUGGGUACACGGUGAGAUCGUCUGCAAGGUAUGGCUGAUAGUGGACUACACCAUAACAAUGAUGUCUGCUCUAACCUUGGUGAUGAUCAGCUGGAACCGUUACUGUGUCUUGUCGAUGGGUAUAAAAUAUCAAGCGUUUCAGACCAAGAAGCGCGUUGGACUGAUCCUGUUCUCGACAUGGACCGCCGUUUUACUAUGGUACUCGUUCCUUGCGUUUGCGUGGAGCCCAUUAACAGGACAAUACAGCGUGGAUUAUACUUAUAACUGCGAGCUCGAAUUCACAGGCCAUCUUGUCAUCACCCUGAUUGUCAAUGUGUUGCAGUUUUUCAUCCCGUUCACUAUCCUGCUCAGUCUGAAUAUAGCGGUGUAUAACAACAUUAGACAGAGAUCUAGAGGCAUCGUAGGACCUAGUCCUCCUAUUCUCCCACCGGCCGAUUUACCAGGUCCAGGAGCCCGACGCCUAACGCCUGAUUCAUUAAAGGCCACCACCAGCAAAUCCAUUUCCGCAGCCCUACCUGCCGAACCUUGUCCCGAUAAAUAUGCUCCUAGCACAAGUCUUAAUGCACCCAGAGACCCAUCGAAGACAGAAGGAUGGACAUUCGCCAGGCAUCGGAAAGCCGCUGUGGUCCUGGGCAUCCUUGUUGGGUGUUUCCUGGUCUGUUGGGUUCCCAUUCAGAUCACGAGUGUCAUGUUUUCCAUUUGUGGCACCAAAUGCGUGACAUACCUUAACUGGGAGGUCACAAAUGCGCUUGUGUGGGGGAACUCCUUGAUUAAUCCGUUCAUAUAUGCCGCCACUAACAGGCACUUCCGUCGUAAUUUUCGACAUUUUUUGCUCCUCGAUCGAUGGGCUUGUGAUAUGAAAUGCUCUAAAACAAAAUGCUGUUCGUGA